GAUUAUGACGUAGAGAGGCAGGGAUGGACCAUUUGUUUUCGCAAAUUCUCAGGAAUACUAGGGAGAGGCUGCAUUUGCCGGCCGGCUGGGGGAAGAUCAGGAACGUCUGCUUUUGCUGUGUGCUUUUAACCUUCCACAAACCGGGCUCUGGGAAUACAUCCAACCAGAGCUGGCCUAGAUUCUUCCUCCCUUUCAGCCCUUGGGGAAUUUUGUCACUUGAGGCUUUUUAUUCAUGUGCCGAGAUCCAAUCAGUGUGUUACCUGGAUACUGAUAGCUCCCAGAAACAGUCUUUCGCUGGGAAGCUGUGAUGGAAGCAGCUCUGUAGUAAUGUGCGUGUGCAAAACUGGAUACUGCAGCAACGCGGACUCUUAAAGGGGAUACAGCAACUCUCGCUCACUUCAAUAGGGGGGCUCUCUAAAGGAGUUGAAACACUGAGGUAGCGGAGGCAGGUGUUGCAGAAAGAGCCUCACCCCCUUCUCCCCCCAAACCUGAACCUCUGUCGCAGCAGCGGUAGCCAUGGCACCCCGGAAGCGUGGUGGUAGCGGUGGUGCCGGAAUCUCCUUUAUCUUCUGCUGCUUCCAGAGUGGCAGCGACCACCCAGAGAUCACCUACCAGCUACGCGAGGACUUCGCUCUGCAGACCAUGGAGCCUUCACUGCCCAUGCCAGGCUAUGAUGAGCUGGACGGCAUGUUCUCCGAGUUGGUGGAUGAACUUGACCUCACAGAGAAACACAGGGAGGCCAUGUUCAACCUGCCUGCAGAGAAGAAAUGGCAGAUCUACUGCAGCAAGAAAAAGGAACAAGAGGAGAACAAAGGUGCAACCAGCUGGCCAGAGUAUUACAUUGACCAGCUCAAUUCCAUGGCUGCCAGGAAGACACUCCUUGCCCUGGAGAAGGAAGAUGAGGAGGAGAGGAACAAAACGAUAGAGAGCCUGAAGACUGCUUUGCGGACGCAACCCAUGAGGUUUGUGACUAGGUUCAUUGACCUAGAUGGCCUGACCUGUAUCCUCAACUUCCUGAAGACCAUGGACUAUGAGACGACCGAGUCGCAGAUCCACACCUCGCUCAUUGGCUGCAUCAAGGCCCUAAUGAACAACUCCCAGGGGCGCGCCCACGUGCUCUCGCACUCUGAAAGCAUCAACAUCAUCGCCCAGAGUUUGGCCACCGAGAACGUCAAGACCAAGGUGGCGGUGCUGGAGAUCAUGGGCGCUGUGUGCCUUGUGCCUGGCGGGCAUCGGAAGAUCCUGGAGGCCAUGCUGCACUACCAGCGCUUCGCCUGUGAGAGGACGCGCUUCCAGACCCUGCUGAACGAUCUGGACCGGAGUACGGGUCGGUACCGGGAUGAGGUCAACCUGAAGACAGCCAUCAUGUCCUUUAUCAAUGCUGUCCUCAGCCAAGGUGCCGGAGAGGCCAGUUUAGAGUUCCGCAUCCACCUCCGUUACGAGUUCCUGAUGCUCGGAAUUCAGCCAGUCAUUGAUAAACUUCGCUCCCAUGACAACUCCACGUUAGACCGGCAUUUGGAUUACUUUGAAAUGCUGCGCAAUGAGGACGAGUUAACUAUGUCGCGACGUUUUGAGUCGGUGCACAUAGACACUAAAAGUGCUUCCCAGGUAUUUGACCUCAUCCGGAAGAAGAUGAACCACACUGACGCAUACCCUCACUUUAUCUCCGUCCUGCACCACUGUCUCCUCAUGCCUCAUAAAAGGAGUGGGAACACGGUGCAGUAUUGGCUGCUGCUGGACCGCAUCGUCCAGCAGAUGGUCCUGCAGAACGACAAAGGCCACGACCCCGACGUCACGCCACUUGAGAACUUCAAUGUUAAGAACGUGGUGCGGAUGCUGGUCAAUGAAAAUGAGGUCAAGCAGUGGAAAGAGCAGGCGGAGAAAAUGCGAAAAGAGCACCACGAGCUCCAGCAGAAGUUUGAGAAGAAGGAGCGCGAGUGUGACGCCAAGACCCAGGAGAAGGAGGACAUGAUGCAGACACUCAACAAGAUGAAGGAGAAGCUAGAGAAGGAGAGCACCGAGCACAAGGCAGUCAAGCAGCAAGUGGCUGACCUCUCUCUCCAGCUCCACGACCUCAGCUCUAGACCGAUCGCCAGUGUCCCAGGCGGUCCCCCCUUCAUCCCUGGCCCCCCUGGUGGGCCUCUCCCACCCCCCCCUCCCCCAGGAGGCAUAAUGCUCCCUCCCCCACCACCCCCAGGGGGUAUGAUGCCCCCUCCACCACCCCCACCUCCAGGUGGUCCCCCGCCUCCUUUUGGACGGCCACCCAUGGGAGGGAUACCUCCCCCUGGGGCACCCCUGGGGUCCACUCUCAAGAAGAAGAACAUCCCCCAGCCGUCCAACCCACUCAAAUCUUUCAACUGGGCCAAGCUGGCUGAGAAUAAGUUGGAGGGCACUGUAUGGACAGAAGUGGAUGACGGGAAGGUUUUCAAAAUCCUCGACCUGGAGGACAUUGAGAAGACCUUCUCGGCCUACCAGAGGCAACAGGACUUCUUUAUGGUCAAUAACAGCAAACAGAAAGAGAGUGAGGAUUCGGACUCCUUGAGCUCCAAGAAGGUCAAGGAGCUCUCGGUCAUCGAUGGCCGCCGAGCCCAGAACUGUAAUAUCCUCCUGUUGCGGCUGAAGCUGUCCAAUGAGGAGAUGAAGAGGGCUAUCUUGACCAUGGACGAACAGGAGGACCUCCCCAAGGACAUGCUGGAGCAGAUGCUGAAGUUUAUUCCAGAGAAGAGUGAUGUGGACCUCCUGGAGGAGCACAAGCAUGAGCUGGACCGCAUGGCCAAGGCUGAUCGCUUCCUUUAUGAGAUGAGCAGGAUAAACCACUACCAACAGAAGCUACAGUCGCUGUACUUCAAAAAGAAGUUUGCAGAGACAAUUGCAGGGAUCAAACCCAAAGUAGAAGCUCUGAUCAAGGCCUCCAAAGAGGUGCUGCACAGCCGCAAUCUGAAGCAGCUGCUGGAGGUGGUGCUGGCCUUUGGGAACUACAUGAACAAAGGCCAGAGGGGCAAUGCCUAUGGCUUCAAAGUGUCCUCGCUCAACAAGAUCGCAGACACAAAGUCGAGCAUAGACAAGAACAUCACCCUCCUCCACUACCUGAUCACCAUCCUGGAGAAGAAGUACCCCAAAGUCCUAAUGUUCCAGGAGGACCUGCAGAGUGUGCCAGAAGCCGCUAAAGUCAACAUGACUGAGCUGGAAAAGGAAAUCAAUAAUUUGCGCAGUGGCUUGAAAAACGUUGAGAGUGAGUUGGAGUUCCAGAAGAAGCGGCCACAGGGGGUGGGCGAUAAGUUUGUGUCAGUGGUGAGCCAGUUCAUCACUGUGGCCAGCUUCAGCUUCUCGGAUGUGGAGGAUUCUCUCACUGAGGCCAAAGAGCUGUUCCUGAGGGCGGUGAAGCAUUUUGGUGAAGAUGCUGGGAAGAUGCAGCCGGAUGAGUUCUUUGGCAUCUUCGACCAGUUUCUGGGGUCGUUUGCCGAGGCGCGUCAGGAAAAUGAGAAUAUGCGCCGGCGCAAGGAUGAGGAGGAGCGCAGGGCAAAAAUGGAAACUCAGCUGAAGGAGCAGAGAGAGAAGGAGCGGAAGGCACGGAAAGCGAAAGCCAGCGGCGAGGACGACGGCGGAGAGUUUGACGACCUGGUGUCGGCACUGCGCUCCGGCGAGGUCUUCGACAAGGACCUGUCCAAGAUGAAACGCAACCGCAAGCGCAUCAACAGCCAGCCAGAUACUGGCAGGGAGCGGCCAGUCACCAAGCUCAACUUCUGAGAGGUCCGGCCCCCUGCCCAGCCCUCCAUCCUUUGAUCCACCCACUGUCCAUCUCACAAGCCUAUCAACUCAGACAACCCAGCCAUCCACAGGCUGCUUCAACCCUCCUUUUGGCCUAUACUGUCAUCCGGUGGCAAACGUUGGGAGUGCACAUUCUUGACCCAACAGCCUCAGAGAAACGUAAAACCAUAUUUCCACUCAUCACAGUAUGAAGUUCUGAAACAUUUUGAGACGUGUCAGGCUGUUAACCUCUUGAGGUCUGUAGGAGGCACCACUUCCAUUGAAAACUUUGCUACUAUGUGACAAUAGGAGCAAUUGAUGAAUGUGACCCAGGAUAGUGAAUGUUGCAAGGUGGUCUACUGUUCUUCCCCCAAGAUGGAACAGAAGGAUAAAAUGGAUAUAGACGUUUGUCUGGAAAUGAAUAACCAAAUAAACAGAGUUUGAGGGGGAAGAAGUUUACUAAAACCAGGAAGAGGCCUCUGACAACGCGUGUUAUUUGUAUUUCAGAAUGGGAGAAUGGACUGACAACACUAUCGUGUGGAGGUCACCUGGGGCGUCAUUUAUAACCGUUGCGUAAAUUUCACACAAUUCCUGCGUGCACCAUUUCUGAGAAGUCUGUACACGUACAAAAAAUUAGAGAUUUAUAAAUUUACCGCACGCCUUACAUACACAUUUCCUGUUAUAAAUCAGACCUAUCAUAACAUGGGGACAAUAACGGCCUUUAUUUACUGUAUAAUUUGGAACUAUUGGCAUUAGGCCACGGCAUUUAAAAUAUGAAUUGUUGUUCGAUAUUUACUUUAUCAAUAGAUUAUUGGGUUUCUAUUUCCUGCCUUGGUAUAGACUCAGAUUAAAUAGGCAAUGAUGUCGCGCUCCUAUCGCACAAUUAUUUUUAUUUAGCAUAAACUACCGGUCUAUUUACUAUGUUGGCAGAAUUUUUUUAUCUUUAGCAAUAAUUUAUGCUGUAUCUGGAAAAGCACUGUGUCUGUUUCUGGCAGAGAAAACAAUGGCAAAUUGUCGUGGACCCGUCCGCAGAACGUUUUAAUUCAACAAUGUUUUGCAUAGACUUUUCCUCAACCUAAAUAUACUAAUAAUAAUAUAUGCCAUUUAGCAGACGCUUUUGUCCAAUUCUACUUUAAUGUGUGCAUACAUUUCAAGUACGAGUGGUCCUGGGGAUCGAACCCACUGAUCUGGCGUAGCAAACGCCAUGCUCUACUGAGCUACAGAGGAGCACAAAUAUGAUGGAUUGCCAGUUAGAAUUGUAAAACAUUUUUAGAGCAGGCUGGCAAAAAAAAUAUGCAAUUACAGUAGGCCUAUUUCAAUGUAAAAGAUCUGUAUGUCGGUAUUAUAAACCGCGCUCCCUAUAAUAUUGCAAAACAUAUAGCCUAUCUGUUUACUAGGCUUCUAGGUCCAAUGAAAUGGCAGAUGCGCAUGGUAAUUUGUUCUAUGUCCUUCGGGAAUAUGAACACGUCACGGCCAGAAAAGAAGAGUAAUAUAUUCUACAAUGGUUAUGAAAAUAAAUAGUAAAAAUAUUCCUAUGUCUAAUUAUUUUGGAUUCUAAAAAAUUAAAAGUGAUUUUCGCUCUUCUCACUACUGGCAAAUGACUGCAUUCUUGUUAAUAUGUUUUCCAGUUUUUUAUGAAUAUGCUUGUCAUCAUAUCGCCAUUUGAGGAAAAAACAUGGUUGCAAUACAAUAUUUCAACCACUAGCAGAUGUACGUACGCAUGGUCUAAAGUUAGUGACGAGGAGAGCACAUUCUCAGUUCAAGUUAGAUUUUUAUGCGUGAUAACUGGCACGCACACAUUUUGGGGUAUAUUUUGUACAUACGCACGGUUUAUAAAUGAGGCCCCACGACUUCUGUGGAAAGUCACUAUUUGCUCAGACCUCAUCUGAUAUAUACACCUUUAUAGCCCAUGUAACCUGUGGAAACAUAUUCUAUGUCUGGAUGGAAUUGAUUCCAAUGACAUUAUAGCUUCACUAAACAACCCCCAAAUUCAUGCUGGAGCUCAUUCAUGCUUGAACAGACACUAUUCAUGCUGUGUUUAAUGGCAGAAUCAUUGGGCAGACUGAAAUGUACAGGAAACACAAUUUGUCAAGGCUGGGUGUUGGAAAGACAUUUGGACUUGGGAGAGAAAUCUAAAACCAGUGGAAGAUGUAUGUUGAUCAACUAUAGUUGACAUUAAGAGGACAUUUUACAGAGUGGACAAACUUUGUUUCACUUUUUUUUCCUGCUGGAAUGGGGAAUUUUGUAUGUGGUGAUUUUCUAGAUCAUUAAUGUAUCCAAGGAUCUGAGUGAAUAAUUACAGGACAGGAAAAUACUUUGUUGUUAUCCAACAGCCUUGUCUGCCAUUUCACAAAACUGUGGACGCUCAUGUCAGACUCUAUGCAUACAGUACAUAUGACGUUGGUUGUUUGCCCCCCCAUAUUUCAUGUUGUAUGUAAUUCAUUUAAAACCAUAUCCAGUCAAUGCAAUACUACUCAACCAUUAUUUCCCUUUCACAGGAGUGCCCUCCUCCAGAGUUUAACUGUGUAGCAAAUUCUAUUUCACAAUUUGAGAUACCUCCAUUGGGCUUCUAUAAUUUAAAUAUGGCCUUCCAUUUUAUGAUGGAGCUGAAGUUAAUAAAUGGGGAAAAAGA